CUUUCAUCCUGAGUUUAUGAGUCCCUUCCCCUUAAGUCCAAUCAAUUGCGCCUCAUGAAGAUUCGUCCUGCUACCUCGAUCGAUGAACAGAUUACCGCCUCUCUUCAUGUUGGGCUGUUUGAUGAUGUUUCGUUUAUCUAUGAUGCACUGUCAUACACUUGGGACGACCCUACAGAUAAUGGUAUAAUCCUUGUUAACGGAUUUCCUAUGAACGUUACAAGGGUCUGCUGGCAGGUUUGAAGCACCUUCGCCUACGCGACGAGGAGGUUUCCAUAUGGGUUGAUAGCAUAUGCAUCAACCAAGGUAACGUGUCUGAACGAAACGCACAGGUGGCGCGAAUGGGUUCCAUCUAUAGGUGGGCAAAUCAUGUCAGAAUCUGGCUGGGUGAAGCAUCUCCCGACUCCGCUAUGGCAAUGGAACUUGUCAACGACUGCGCAAGGAUAGAGAGCCCUCAACACAUCAUCAAACGAAUUACCAGGGAAGAUAGUAGCGCUCAGGCAUUGAUAACGUUGCUGAGGAGACCUUACUGGAGUCGAAUGUGGGUUUUCCAGGAGAUUGUGUUGUCAAAAAGAGCGACUGUCCAUUGCGGUGCCUUUCAAGCGGAAUGGUCUGCCUUCAAACGCCUGGACAGACUCUCUGCUCACACUCAAGAUUGGGCUAAGCUUCAAGGCCGGGAAACCUGGGUGCUCGAGCUCCGGAAAGCCUUAUUCGGCAUCGCUCAGUUCUGUAUCACAAAGAAACAAGCUCGCCUUGUAACCAAUAUAUUGCAGCCAACGCGAAGACUGCAAUCAAAGGAUCCCAGAGAUAAGAUAUUUGCUCUGCUGGGUGUCUGCGAUCGAGAUUCCUUCCUAUCGCCUGACUAUACAAUGUCUACUCGCGACUUGUAUAUCGCCUCCACCAGAAAUCUCAUUGAACAAAAUCAAGAUCUGUCCAUCUUGCUCACCUCUGGGCUUUGGAGUCCGGAGAAUGGAGAGAACAUCGAUCUCCCCUCUUGGGUUCCUGACUUUCGAGGUGCUAGUGGUAUCGACAUCCAGUACAUGGCAGCCAGCUACUUGAACUACUUCAAUGCAGCUCGAGGGACGCAUUUCUCUCUGCCGCUGCAGGCGAAGAUUUUCGCACCCUGCCAUGAUAUUCUUGAAACCGAAGGCAUCUUGUUGAACCCAGUAUCAAAGAACGUUGCUUUGGGGAAAGGAGAAGCAGGGCGAAGAAAUGUUCUUGAAGAAUUCGCAGUCCAACAAACAGACGCCAAAGUUGAGCAACCUACCCUUGAAGCACUUUUCCAAGCGAUGAUAUUCGAAAAUGCAACAUUUCACGGGGGUACAAAUACGGAGGAACGUACGCGCAAAAGGGAAAGAUUAUUUCGACUUGCUCUUGGCUUUACUCAUGAGGCCUUCAUGCUGCGUGCUGAGGAUUCAUGUGGCUCAGCCCUGGCUAUCACUGAGUCAAUUGUUGGUGAAUUGUGUCCAUUAUCUGAGCAAUCCCUCAUCGAAGAGUAUCUCCGACUUCAACGAGAGGACCCUGAGCAACUAUACUGGCUCCGUGAGGAGUUCAAAUUGAGGACUGAAGAAUCGACCGACAGCAGCUUGACUACUAUAUUCUCCACCACGGAUGGAUACAUUGGCAGAAGUCUUACCCAAAUUAAACGAGGAGACCUGGUCGCAAUUUUGGCUGGAUGUAGACUGCCCCUAAUCCUACGGGUACAGGAGGAUAGUGGUUGUUAUUUUGUCGUGUGUCCGUGUUAUGUAGGCGGUGUUAUGUUCGGAGAAUUGGAGAAGCGGUUUAGGUCAAACAGCCCAGAUGGCUUGGAGAUUCGCAAGAUAUCUUUGGUGUGAUCAGAUCAAAUACCCGAUAGAACUUGUUU